AUGCAAACUGGUGAUUCUCCACGCACGCAUUCAAAUUCCAACUCUAAUAAGCCCCUUCCUGCUAUACCUAAGGAAGUUAUAGAAAUGCAGGAUAUAGAUAAGACUGACUAUAAUGAGAUCGAAGAAACCGCAUCAUCAACAUUAUACGACGAGCCGAGUAUAGUACCAGGGAAAGUCUCGCACUUGCAAGACCUAGAAGACCUACCUCAAGGACGACAUCUUGGGCUAUUCUCUACGAUUAUUCUUUUUGUGUCUAGAAUUCUCGGCAGUGGGAUAUUCAGUAUCACCGGUGGGAUAUAUGCUGACUGUGGACAAUCACCGGUCUUGUUCUUCUUGGCAUGGUUUGUGGCCUGUGUGGCUUCAUUUGGCGGGCUAUAUGUGUUUUUGGAAAUGGGAUCAAUCGUACCGCGCAGUGGUGGGGCCAAGGUGUUCCUUGAGUUCAUAUAUACCAAGCCGGAAUUAUUGGCACCGGUGGCAUAUUCCGUGUAUUCGGUGAUUUUUGGAUUCACGAUUUCUAACGUGUUGGUGUUUGGCGAAUAUUGCAUACAUGCUAUGGGAGUUGAACCUACCGAUUUGAAUACAAGAGCCACCGGACUUGUGUUUUUAUAUUUUGCUGCAUUUGUGCAUGGUGUUCAUGUAAGUCAUGGAGUGAGAAUUCAGAAUAUACUAGGUGGAUUGAAACUAGUACUAUUAGCAGUGAUGGGAUUAGCGGGGAUAUACGCCAUAGUAUUCCCACAAUCACUCACCGGAAUAGAAAAUCAAUUACACUGGUCAAACUUUUUCACCACUAAAUCCGAAGUCAGUGUGUCUACUUUCGCCAGUGCUGUCAUUAAGGCCUCGUUUGCAUUCAGUGGCUGGAACUCCGUUCAUACCGUGUCCAACGAAAUCAUUGACCCCGUACGCACAUUCAAGAUUGCCGGUCCUACGUCGUUGGCUAUCAUCACUGUGGCUUACUUAUUAACCAACUGGGCUUAUUUGGCCGUGAUCCCCAGCGAAGAACUCGUAAACAGUCAUACACUUACGGGAGCUAUCCUUUUCGAAAAGAUAUUCGGUAAACGCAUAGGUCAACAAUUUUUGACAUUUGCUGUGGCAUUAUGUGCCGGUGGGAACAUCUUUGUCGUGCUCUAUACCAUCUCUCGGGUAAGUCAAGAAGUUUUCCGUGAGGGCUACUUGCCAGGUUCGAAAUUCAUGUCAUCCAAUUGGCCAUACGGUGCGCCAUUGCGCACCCUCAUCUUAAGUGUGUCCAUCACUACUGCCAUUGUGUGUCUUUCCCCUCAUGGAGGGGAUAUUUAUAACUAUAUGGUUGCGUUAGAGGGAUACCCGCAACAAGUUGCCAUUGCAUUGGUCGCCAUUGGGAUAUUCAUUGUUCGUAAAAGGCAUCCUGAUUUACGUGCACCUAUACGAAGUGGUGUCGUGGGUACAUUACUCGUUUUUUUUAUUAGUUUAUAUUUGAUCAUUGGUCCAUUCGUGUCAAAGCAUAGUCCAAAUCCACCAGGUCUCGAGAGCUGGCCGUCAUAUGGAAUCACAGGGACCAUUGCCAUAUUAGCAUGUAUAUUAUUUUGGGUUUUCAAAUUUAGAUUAUUGCCUAGGUUAGGCGGGUAUGAGUUAGUUCAAGAAGAACGUCAAUUGCAUGACGGGUUAACUAUUAAACAAUGGAAUAAGGUAUACCACUAUUCGCAGUUAUAA